AUGAAAGAAGCCAUGCCGGUUCUAACAGCAGGAGCAGGGCUUCACGAAACGCUGGCCCUGCUGACCUCUCAGCUGCGGCCCGAUGCCAACCACAAGGAGGACAUGGUGUUCCUCAAAGACGUGUUCAGUGAGAGAAGUCUGGGAUACCUUAUGAAGAUCCAUGAGAAGCUGAGACAGUAUGAGAGACAGAGUCCGGCACCUGUUCUCCACAGUGUUGCUUCUCUGGCAGAGGAUGUGGCGGAGGAUCUGCAGGGUGGACCGAUGAGCAAUGAGGAGAAGGAGCUGCUGCACCUGUUGACGUCACCACAUCUGAAGGCUGUUCUCUCAGUGCACGACACUGUGGCUCAGAAAAACUUUGACCCCGUGCUGCCGCCGCUGCCCGAUGACUUCGAGGACGAGCUGGAAGAGGAGUCAGUGAAGAUUGUCAGACUGGUGAAGAACAAGGAGCCUCUGGGAGCCACCAUCAGGCGGGAUGAAGCCACUGGGGUCGUGCUGGUCGCUCGGAUCAUGAGAGGAGGUGCAGCUGAUCGAAGUGGUUUGGUCCAUGUCGGAGAUGAACUCAGGGAGGUCAACGGUGUCUCUGUGAUCCACAAGAGACCUGACGAGAUCAGUCAGCUGCUGUCCCAGUCCCAGGGCUCCAUCACUCUCAAGAUAAUCCCUGCUAUUAAGGAAGAGGAUCGACUGAAGGAGAGCAAGGUGUAUAUGAGAGCCUUGUUUGACUACAUCCCGCUGGAGGACAAGGCCACGCCCUGCCAAGAGGCGGGACUUCCCUUCAAACGAGGAGACAUCCUGCAGGUCGUGACGCAGGACGACCCCACGUGGUGGCAGGCCAAACGCGUUGGAGACAGCAACCUGCGGGCCGGACUCGUCCCGUCCAAACAGUUCCAGGAGAGGCGACUGGCCUACAGGAUCAAAAUGGGCACACUCCCGAAUCCAAAAUCCCCUAAAAAGCCUGUCUACGACCAAGGAUGUGAUAAAGAGGACUGUGACUGUGAGGGCUAUUUCAAUGGACAGUACAUAGCUGGUUUACGGAGGAGUUUCAGGCUGAGUCGUAAAGACAGACAAGGAUCCUUAGGAGAGGGCUCUGAUCCCGGAGACUCUGACUACCUGACCUACGAGGAGGUGACCCGCUACCUGUGGAGGCCCAAUGAGAGGCCUCGUCUGGUGGUUCUGAUCGGUUCUCUUGGAGCACGGAUCAAUGAGCUCAAACAGCGGGUGAUUGCUGAAAACCCACAUCGUUAUGCUGUGGCUGUACCGCAUACCACAAGGCCCAAGAAACCCCACGAGAAGGAGGGAGUGGAGUACCACUUUGUCACAAAGCUGCAAUUUGAUGCAGAUGCUUUGAACAACAAGUUCAUAGAGCACGGUGAAUACAAGGAGAACCAGUAUGGCACCAGUAUAGAGGCGAUCCGCUCUGUACAGGCCAAGAAUAAGAUGUGCGUAGUUGACGUGCAGCCUGAGGCUCUGAGGAGGCUGCGGACAGCAGAGUUCAAGCCUUAUGUCAUAUUCGUCAAACCUCGUGUUCCUGAGAGCAGGCGACGCCGCAGUGCUACCACCUCGCCAGCAGGGGGAGACCACAGUCGCGUUACAGAUGAAGACCUGCAGGAGAUGCGUCAGUCUGCCAUUCAGAUCGAUCAGCAGUAUGGACACCUGGUGGACCGGGUCCUCAUCAAGGAGGACUCAGCCAGUGCCUGUGCAGAACUCCGGGGUAUUUUGGAGAGGCUGGAGCGAGAAUCCUUCUGGGUGCCUCUCAACUGGGUGCGGACCUAA